AUGAGGUUGUCACAUCUUCUUCAGCAGAUUCUAUUUAGCAGCUACGGACUGAUGAUGGCCUUCGCCGCUUUACACGACGUCGUCCGGGACGCCCCGCUCGGACAGCUCCUGCGCUACUUCACCAACAAUCGUCUCUUUCAAUAUCCUGAAGAACAUGCGGGCUUCGAACUUCCUGAUCCGUGGGCCCAUAUGCUGGGAACUACAAAACUGCCUGAAACAAAGCAAAAUGGGUCAGCUACACCUUCCACCGUUACGACCUUGCCUUCCGAUCAGAAUACUAUCAGCGAUACUACCUCAGAGAAACCGGAUGUCGAAAGCGGCCAUGCCAAUGAAGACAAGACUAGCUAUUCGAUAGCGAAAGUGGCUAAUGACGGUACCAUUCUAGUUGAUUGGUACUCCGACCACGAUCCUGACAAUCCGCAAAAUUGGUCAAGUCUUCGUCGUGCCCUCAUUGGUUUGGUAAUCUGCCUCUACACAUUCGUGGUAUACCUGAGUUCCGCGAUCUAUUCACCGUCCACGGAGGGUGUCAUGGAGCGUUUUGGCGUUAGUAAUCUCAAGGCAACGCUCGGUCUCGCCAUGUACGUGCUGGGAUAUGGUGUGGGCCCAUUGUUGUUCUCGCCUCUCGCAGAGAUCCCUCGCAUCGGUCGCAACCCGGUCUAUAUUAUCACGUUCGCGCUGUUUUUCAUUCUCUCAUUUCCGACGGCUUUUGUUAAUUCCUUUGCGGGUCUCAUUGUGCUGCGAUUCCUGCAGGGGUUCUUCGGGUCUCCUUGCUUAGCCACAGGUGGUGCUUCAUUGGGCGACAUGUAUGGCAUGAUUCAUAUGCCCUUGGCGAUGAUUGCCUGGGUUGGAGCUAUGUCUUGUGGUCCCUCCCUCGGCCCUCUGCUCAGUGGAUUCGCUGUGGCAGCAAAGGGCUGGCGAUGGUCUCUGUAUGAAUCAAUAUGGGUAUCGGCGCCGGUACUUAUUCUCCUUUUCGUCUUCAUGCCAGAGACGAGCGCUCCCAACAUCUUACUUCGCCGCGCCGAGCGCCUACGCAAAUUCGCCAACAGCCAGAGGUUGAAAUCCCAGAGCGAAAUCGAUCAGGCACACCUCACAGUCUCGAGCAUAGCUGUAGAUGCCUUGAUUAAGCCUUUGGAAAUCACCCUCAAAGAUCCAGCUGUCAUGUUUGUACAGAUCUAUGCGGCAAUCAUCUAUGGGAUAUACUAUUCCUACUUCGAGGUUUUCCCGUUGGUUUUUCCAGUUCAAUAUGGCAUGAAUCUUGGCGAGGUUGGCCUCGUCUUCAUCUGCAUUGCUGUUGGGUGCAUUAUAGCUAUUAUUCUCUACGGCUUAUAUCUGUACUAUGUGCUCAUACCACGGAUGAAGAAGUCUGGUAUCGGCCCACAAGAGACCGUACUCAUACCCGGACUGCCAGCAUCCUUUGGUCCUCCAAUUGGCCUUUUUAUAUUCGCAUGGACGGCGAGGGCUUCUAUCCACUGGAUUGUCCCAACCCUUGGAGUCACAAUAUACGCUGGCUCGGUAUUCACCGUGCUACAGUGUGUAUUUCUCUACAUUCCCCUCAGUUACCCUCAAUAUGCCGCCUCCCUAUUCGCCGCCAAUGACUUUUUUCGAAGCGCGCUAGCUAGCGGAAGUAUUCUAUUCGCGCAUCCAUUGUACCACAACCUCGGGUUCGCCAAAGGCACGAGUCUCCUUGGUGGUUUGAGCGUCAUUGGUAUCUUUGGCAUGUGGGCUCUGUUCUUCCACGGCGCCAAAUUGCGAGCUCUCAGCAAGUUCGCGACGUAA